AUGGGUUUCCACUUGCAGAGAAUUGCUAAUGCUAAGAGGAUGGUAAAACGGACUCUUUCAUCUUCGGAGACGACAAUGGUGCCCAAAGGCCACUUUGCUGUUUAUGUUGGAGAAGCUGAAAAGAAGAGAUUUGUUGUCCCAAUAUCAUUCCUGAAGCAUCCUUCGUUCCAGAAUUUGUUGAGUCAAGCCGAAGAAGAGUAUGGAUUUAGUCAUUCUAUGGGUGCUUUAACUAUCCCCUGCAGCGAAGAAGCUUUCAUUGAACUCGCCUGCAAUCUGCAAAGCUCUUAAGAAGAAAUGACAUAAA